CAUGACCACGAUAUUCGACCUCAGAGGUAAAGGCCUCAAGCUAGAAACCGAAGAUGACUUCAACAAGCUCGUCACGGACCUCGAUCCCACAAUCAUCGAGGAAAUCCACCUCGGAGGCAACACCAUCGGCGUAGGCGCCGCGAAGGCUCUCGCCGCGUUCCUCACGAAGGCCGACAAGUUAAAGAUCGCCGACUUUGCCGAUAUCUUCACGAGUCGUCUGAUCGACGAAAUACCGGUUGCGCUUUCGGCGAUGUGCGACGCCCUCAUCGACAAAACCUCCCUGGUCGAGAUCGAUCUCUCCGACAACGCGUUUGGAGCCCGCUCGGCUGUUCCCAUGGUCCCCUUCCUCACCAAGAACCGCUCUUUCUCCAUUCUCAAGCUCAAUAACAACGGCCUCGGUCCCGCCGGCGGCGCCGUCAUCGCAUCUGCGCUUUUAGAGUCGGCCCGACUAUCGGAGAAGGAGGGCAAGAAGUCGAACCUCAAGACGAUCAUAUGUGGACGUAACCGACUCGAGGACGGGAGCGCACUAACCUGGGCCGAAGCGUUUGCGGCGCAUGGCACACUUGAGGACGUGCGCAUGCCGCAGAACGGCAUUCGGCAAGACGGCAUCAUCGCGCUCGCCAAGGGCCUUUCCAAGAACCCUGCGCUGGAGCGGCUCGACCUCCAAGACAACGCCUUCAAUGUCGACGACUCGGACGAGGGGUCGCGUGCGAUGGCGAACGCCCUCCCGCUAUGGCCCGGGCUCCAGCAGCUUGACUUCUCCGACUGCGUCAUCGCGAGCGAGGACGAUCACACACCACCCGCCAUCAUCGACGCGCUCGCCGCCGGCUCAAACCCCAAAUUGCACACGCUGCAGCUGCAGAACAACAACAUCGGCGCCGAGUCGUUCGCAAUGCUUGCCGAGUCGCUGCCGCAGCGCAUGCCCCUGCUCAAGCGGUUGGAACUACAGUGGAACGACAUUGACGAGGACGAUGAGGCGUUGAACACGAUGACCGAUCUUCUCAAGGCUCGUGGGGGCAAGCUGUUCAUCGACGACGAAGAAGACACAGAGGAAGAGGAGCUAUCGAGCGAAGAACCUGAGAAGGAGGCUGAGCAGGAGGAGACGGAUGAGCUCGCGGCCAUGAUGAACAAAGUGAACAUUAAUGCAGGCCCUUGAUGUCGUGAAGGUUUGGGGUUGUUACAUUGCUGCGCUUCCCAUUAUAUCUAGAUUGUACAUUAUAGCUACGCGGCUCUAUGGCAGUGGCAACUAGGCCGUAACGUAGCAAGAUUGACAGAACC